GCCUCGUGAUUGGCUGUCCUGUAUUGUGGGAAUGUUGAACCUCUCCAUGUUUUUAAGCAAAACAUGUAUAAUAUACCCACUGCACCACCUGUACAAUCUAUACCUGCGUUCUUAACUAAGCUAAAGCUGCUAGUAGACAAUGAAGAAACAAAUGACCUUAUAUACUGGGAUCCGCUUGGUGCAAGCUUUCAUAUUCGUGACGGGAAUCGGUUAGCCAAAGAAUUAUUACCUCUGUACUUUAAACACAACAAUUUGUCAAGCUUUAUAAGACAGUUGAAUAUGUAUGGCUUUCGUAAGAUCAAUCGCGUAGACCCAGCUUUACCCAUGAAAGCUGAUACUGAAGAUAUGGAAUUUAGCCAUCCUUUCUUCAUUCGUAAUAAAGAAAGUUUAUUGCCUCAAAUUCAAAGGAGAACUUCAAAUAUGGGCUCUCCAGUGUUAAGUGCGAGAAAUCAGAAUUGGGGUGUAAGACUACCUUUUACCCAAACCAAUCCAGGUGUUAAUGGCACAAUAAAUCUUUCAUCGCCACAAAGGCCAAUUACUGCGGGAGAUUUUAUGCGAUUAGCUGAAACAGUUCGACACUUACACUGUAAUCAAGAGACUUUAAACCAACAAAUUGGUGUCUUAAAAUCAGAAAAUCAGCUAUUGUAUCGUGAACUUUCCGACUUACGAGAACAUCAUGAUAAACAGUCACAACUUAUUCAAACGCUUUUCACAUUUUUGUCAGCUUUUGCGAAAGAAGGAAGGUCAGCAAGCGUAUGUAUUGGACAAUCCAAGCGGAAAGCUCUUCCUUCAAUUGCAUCUUCAAGUUCAAAAUUUCAAAACAGAGGCUUGAAGCUGAACCUUCCACAAGGUUUCCAGCUUGACAGGAGUUCAGUCCAACCUUUUCAGUUUGUUCAAACUGCUGAUUUAAUUGGCCCUACACAUAAACGCCCAAAAUUCGAUGUACGAACUCUGUCUGCAACAAUAGGCAAUGGGAAUGUGAAUACAAAUAUGAACGGUCAAAUUUCUGACAUUGGUUCAGUUGUCCAAAUUUUGCCUACAAAUCUUCAACUCACUCCAGUAAGUCUACGCAGUGAUGGGAGGUAUGUAUACUCUUUAACUGGAUCAGCGCCUGAAUAUAAUGGAAAUUCACAAAGUCUGGUUAACACUGUUCCUGGAAACGUUCAAGAAGUGCCUAUAUACUAUGUCACAAAGCUGGAUGACAAUGGAGUAGUAUGCCAGGCAAAUGCAGAAGACGUUCCUGCCAGACUUCCUGCUGACAAUAAUAUUGGUGUUGGUGAAAAUGUUGACACAUCGAUUUUAGAAUUGAAUUGGCCGUGUAACAGAACUACAACGCCAUGUUCUCAAGCCGAUUCUAACACUUUAAGCGAUGUACUAUCCGCAAAGUUGAAUGGUGAAACAGACGAAAGUAUUUGUGAUUUAUUUUUAAAUUGUGAUUCACAAUCGGAGGCAGAAGUAAUGCCUGAUAGGCAACAGUCUCUCACAGAGUCAUCUACCUUGAAGUAUUCAAAGUUCGAUCUGAAUUCUGAAAAUUUAGGAAACAAGAAGAAAACACAACAGAAUCAGUCUAAGGGUGUAGCGAGCACUCCAGAUUGUAUUUCUGCAUUUGCCGACAAUGAUUCUAGCUUUGUGUCUGCUAAUCUACAAGAUAUUGACAGCCUUCCAUGGGAAAAAGAUCAAGAGAGUAGUUUUGACUUCAACUUGGAUGAAUGCACCAUCCCACUUGAGAACAACUCACCUCUGGGAAUUGAUCAAACUCAAACAGAAAAUUCAAAUAGUUCUUCGAGUGGUUUCAUUACCGGCCAUGAAAUUGUCCCAUUAGAAGCUGCCAGUAUAAAAGCUUGCGAUGAUGUUCUCCAAUUUCUAAGAUCAGAAGAUCGCAGUAAAACCAGGUCAACAGCAGCAUUAGCCACAGCAACAACAACAACGAAAACAACAGUCCCUGAUACAUCAUUGACGAAGAAAACAUCUGAAGAGGAUAUAUUCGGUCUAGACUUGACAUUCAAUCCAUCCACACCGACUACAUGGAAAUCAAAACUUUCUGCUGACAAUCGGCUUACAAUAUCUGCUUAUCCUAAAGUGAAACGGAAAAGUAAACCAUCAGGUUUAACACAAAGACACAUAAACACUCCUCUUUUGACUCCUGAUGUCUCUUCAAGUGACAAAGAACUUGAGUGAAUGAAAAGAUUUUAAGGAGUUGGGGAUCCAAAAUCCAAUUAUCGCUUUGAAUGUGUGAGUUUCCUGGAAACACUAGUGUUUGAUUUCCCAUCUUCUUUCCUUUUUAAACUCUACAGUCUAACAGUGCAAGCUCUCCAUUUUGAAUUUCAAGUUCAUAAUUGAAUUGAAUUACCCCUACCUUCAAGUUGAUGUGCUCGAAAAAUCUGUUUAUGUUCUGUUUUCUAUCUACGGCGAAUGUGUUAUCUUCACAUACCUUCACCAUACUUUUGGGGUGGGGCUGAGCGUCUUAAUCGCUAAGUUUUCCCAGCAAGCCAUGAAUAUAUCCACCACAACCGGGGAUAUUGGUGGCUACAUGGCAACUCCCUCAGUUUGUUUGUGUAUUUUUCCCCUGGAAAUUUAAAUACUAUAGGUGUCAAGCAUAGCUGCACUCCUAGGAUUAAGUGUUCUAGUUGUACUUUUGUUGAACACACAGGAUGGAAUAAAGAAAGCUAAAUACAAAACGAAAGUUUCGAAGUUGUGUAGUGAUAAUAAUUGCUGAUAUGAUUAUGAACAAGAAAUAAUUGUGUUGGAAACUUUGUCAUCCAGUAAUCAAUAAUACUGUCCUACUGUGUGUGUGAUAUCUAAUAAACAAAUUGCUAUGGAGUUAUGCACUAACAUAGUGCUCAAGUUUUACACAUGUAUUUGAUCGUUAUUCAUGCCCAUUGUGUUAUGGAGAAAAUAAAUAAAUGUUACCUCCACCCCGUGUUACUCAAAAAUGUACUACUAUGGUGAGAGCUGGCUGCUAACCAAAUUGGUAGACAGUAAUUUACGUCAAUGUUUACGUCCCUGAUAUUGGUCGUGAGAAAAAUAAGAACAAAGACUGAUUCAACAACCAACCACAGCAGACUUUGCGUAGGGGGAUACAGUUAGCAUACAGAUGAUCUGACAUUCAAGAAACAGCCACAAAGAGAUGAAAGAUUAACUUUCAGUGAGAAACAACCAAUCAGAGGACUUUUUCUGCUAACAAUAAUCUAUAAUAAUGUACAUGAAAAUCUGUUGAUUUCCUAAAUAAACGAUCUGUUGCCUGGCCCUUGUCUUCUGCUGUUACACUACUAUACAUUUUUGGUAAAUAAAAAAAACCAGCCUACGAAAAUGAUUUCAUCGAUAAAGCAGCAUUUUCUUCACUGAAUAUUGUCUUUCUAUUUUUCUUCGUUAUGUAUACGGCAAUAGUAAUUACUGGUUUAAUCGCUAACAGGUUUGCAUUUUUGUUUAUGCUUGUAUUUUUAAAAAUUCGAAUACAAAUUUUCAUCCUUUCUAAAUUCCGGUUGUUGUUUUUUUGAACUUUUUAUUAUCCCCGUCAUCAUCAGUGUCUAGAUUUCAAGUGAUUUUACUAUCAUGGUGUUGUUGUUCAUAGCAUUGGUUGAUGACAAAUUUCGCGUCGUCAACGGGCCCCCUGUUUUUUGGUGAAAAAAACAAACAAACAACAACAACAGACAACAGUUUCAUGCCACAAAAACCAAAGUCUGUCCAUUUUCAUUAUUAAGCUGGUACUGAUACUGGUACUUUCAAAGAACACUUGAGCAUUGGUAUUCUUUACAUCACAAGCCUGGUGUUUCUAUUGUCAUACACACGCCUACAUACAUACAUACGUACAUACAUGCACACACACACAAAUAGCACUUAUUUGUCUGUAUUUCUCUUUGUUCUUGCUCUUUUAGCACACACAGCUGUCUUCUUUCUUUCUUUCUUGCCCAUUUUGUAAAAUGUGCGUGUGUGUGUUUGUAAUUUUGCCAAAGAUUCCAUUCAGAUGAAUAAUUUUAAUAAUAAUAUUAAUCAUAUAUUAUAUUCAAACCGCCCUCUGCUAAAACAGCUUUGAUGUGUUGUCUAUGGUUAAGCUGUAGACCGUGCUCGUCAACCACGCACGUGGUCAUCCCUGGGGCUCGAUCUCCGGCCAACGACGUACUCCGCAAACCUUGUCGAAUCCGGAAGUGAGACCGGUAAGGAGAGAAGGUUGGGUAUAAGGGGCUAACAACUCUGACUCCGUCAAAAAUCCAACCAGUGCUAUCGAAACUUGUAAAGGUUCAGCUUGUGAAGCCGCCGUAUUUUCCACUGGGAACGAAAAGAAAGAAAAGUACUCAAAAGUUAACAUAACAGGCAGUUUAUUGUCUGUCAGUCAGCCUACUUCGUCUCCAGUUACAAAUUUGUUGUUACAGACAGUUACAUAUCAUGUUCUCUGGUAGAAAUAAUAUUGUAGUUUUGUGAACACAUUCAAGCAGACAAGUUCACGUAUUUAUCUAGAAUACACCAUCGUUUCAACCACACAGGGUGACUUUACAGACUGAGGAUGUAUCAGAUUUAGCCAGAAGCAACCAAAGGGCAAGGCGGACCCCUUAAUACUCGGAAAUCGGUGACUCUGAACAUACUAUAGCAGGCUAAAAAGAAACUACCUAAUCAAGAAGAUCUUGACAAGUCUCUGUCGGUCAAUCAGAUGCGUCCGAAGCAGAAGUGCGUUGUUUGCAAAAGACGUUUAUAUAAAAGUGAUGCAACUUUGAAAAGUAUUUACGUAGGUCUAACGUUCUCGUAUAUGUUUCAAGAAAACCUCCCAACUUCUAAUAGAAAAAGUUAAACAAUAUCGUCCCAAGGGAUGUGAACGCUCCAAUGACCUUGAAUGCAUGCUAUUUGGCUAAGGAUACCUGUCAUUACUACAACACAAAUAUGAACACUUUUCAUCAACUAAGAGGCAAAUUUCACCCAGGUCACGUUUUUAAGUACUGUUUGGAUCAUUCGGUAAUAGCUCUAGGAUUAGGAAUAGAUUUAGAACUGAUGUCAUCUAUUUUAAUUUGUUUUAUCAUCCACAUUUUGUCAGUAGUUGGUAGUCGAUUCUCGUACUGGAAACCAUAGUAAUUCAACCAACGGCUUUUGGGGAAGACAGUGAAACAAGAUGUGAGUGAUAAACGAGUCACACUAAGUGCCCACCUUAAGUCAUCUCAGUGAAUACAUCUACACAAACUGGCCUAUACACAUACUACGGACUCAUCUGACUGAUUGCUCAAAGUCAUUAAUCCGUUCAUUAAGGUAGUUUCGUUUUGGACUGCUAUAUAGUUUAGAGUCAUCUAGAAAAAUCUGCGCUAUUCAGCACAUAAAACUUGGGCACAGUGGUAGAGUAUAACUCCAUUAUGGAUGACUGUUAGGUCAACUAUAUAGGUCAAACUAGUUGAUCGGGAGUAAUCAGAUUGUCGGAACAUAAGAAUUUAGCUCAGGUAAGAAUGGUUGACCCCGAGAAGAUGAGUAAUUUAUAAAAAAGCUCAUUUGCAUUACAUGCAUUAACACACAAUAGCAUGGUGAUAGAAGGUUAAAAUUCUGAGAAGUAAUAUAUGUAGGUUGAGAGAGACUGAUUACUAAAUCCUGCCUGGUUCAUUGAGUCUACGCCCAACACAUGCA